UCACAAUCUGCUGACUGAGGCUGAGUGCUGACUAGACUUGACUGACACUAGGCAGUUUUAUAAGUACUUGGUUUGGUUAGGCCAGGCCUAUAUUUACUUAGGCUAGUUAGGCCUACCUCAACAAAGUUUCAUUAUUUUAUUUUCACUGAUCUGCGUCUGUCCUGUGUGAUUUAUUUAAUUAUUCAGCCAUGGAAGUGGAAGAGAAAUUUUCAGAUACAGAUAAGAUUCAGUUUAUUUUAGUGCCAAAAAGAGAACCUAAUGACGAAGAAUGUGUCAAAAACGUUAAGAGCAGUUGGCCUCCACGGGAAGAAUCAACUUGCAAUGAAGACCACAGGGAACCUAUUACAGAGAAAGUCAAGGAUGAAAAUCAACAUAUGUCACAAGAUUUUAACAUCUUGGUGGAUGAUCUUCUGAAAGACAGCGCAAACCCUAACAGUGAUGUGAAAGUCAAAUCUGAGCAGGACACAGAGGAACCUGAAGAAAAUUUUCAAGACUUAGUAGAGUCCAGGGUUGCUGAGCCUAAUCCAUCCGAUUAUGAGAUUUCUACACCUCAGGAGACUGUUGAAUCUGAAAGUGACAGUAGCGAGAGUCAUUCUCCAAAGAGAAAAAGAAGAAAUACCACAAGUAAGACCUUGCCAGUAGUAGCAGCCACAUCAAAUGAGAUUCAAUCACUAUCUUCAGAUUCAGACUCAGAAGAGGAUUUCAACAUCUUGGUGGAUGAUCUUCUGAAAGACAGUGCAAACCCUAACAGUGAUGUAAGAGUAGAAUCUGAACCGGACACAGAGGAACCUGAAGAUAAUGUUCAAGACUUAGUAGAGUCUCGGGAUGCUGAGCCCAAUCCAUCUGACACUGAGUCUAAUCUAUCCGACGCUGAGCGUAAUCCAUCCGAUGAUGAGCCUAAUCCAUCUGACACUGAGCCUAAUCCAUCCGAUGCAGAGCCUGAUCCAUCCAAUGCUGAGCGUAAUCCAUCCAAUGCUGAGCCUAAUCCAUCUCAUGCUGAGCCUAAUCCAUCCAAUGCUGAGACUAAUCCAUCUCAUGCUGAGCCUAAUCCAUCCAAUGCUGAGCGUGAUCCAUCCAAUGCUGAGCCUGAUCCAUCCUGUGCUGAGCCUGAUCCAUCGGAUGAUGAGAUUUCUACAAUUCAGGAGACUGUUGAAUCUGAAAGUGACAGUAGCGAGAGUCAUUCUCCAAAGAGAAAAAGAAGAAAUACCACAAGUAAGACCUUGCCAGUAGUAGCAGCCACAUCAAAUGAGAUUCAAACACUAUCUUCAGAUUCAGACUCAGAAGAGGAUUUCAACAUCUUGGUGGAUGAUCUUCUGAAAGGCAGUGCAAACUCUAAUAGUGAUGUAAUAGUAGAAUCUGAACCGGACACAGAGGAACCUGAAGAUAAUGUUCAAGACUUAGUAGAGUCUUGGGAUGCUGAGCCUAAUCCAUCUGACACUGAGUCUAAUCUAUCCGACGCUGAGCGUAAUCCAUCCGAUGCUGAGCCUAAUCCAUCUGACACUGAGCCUAAUCCAUCCGAUGCAGAGCCUGAUCCAUCCAAUGCUGAGCGUAAUCCAUCCAAUGCUGAGCCUAAUCCAUCUCAUGCUGAGCCUAAUCCAUCCAAUGCUGAGACUAAUCCAUCUCAUGCUGAGCCUAAUCCAUCCAAUGCUGAGCGUGAUCCAUCCAACGCUGAGCCUGAUCCAUCCUGUGCUGAGCCUGAUCCAUCGGAUGAUGAGAUUUCUACAAUUCAGGAGACUGUUGAAUCUGGAAGUGACCAUGGUGAGAGUCAUUGUCCAAAGAGAAAAAGAAGAAAUACCACAAGUAAGACCUUGCCAGUAGUAGCAGCCACAUCAAAUGAUAUUCAAACACUAUCUUCAGAUUCAGACUCAGAAGAGGAUGAAGAUACUUCUGCUCCAAUACCUGGAGAAGUAUGCACAGGAAUACAAGACGGUAUUUUGUGUCAAUGUGAAAGAUGUAAAAUGUGUGUGAAGAAAAUUGAACGUUCUAUUGAUAAAGAUGACACUAGUAAAGACAGCCAUAAACCAUUAUCUUGUAAUAUUUGUAAUCUGAGAUUUAUUUACAAAAGCAGGUUGGAAAAACAUUUAAAGGUUCACAAAGGACUAAAGUUGUUUCCAUGUGAUAUCUGCAAUAGAGCAUUUGCACAAAAAGGUGGCCUGAAAGCUCAUAUAGAAAGAAAACAUUCAACAAACAAAUGUAAAAGAGUGCAAACAAAAAAAGAGAUUUGUAAUAUUUGUAACAAAGAAAUCUCUACCCAUCGCCUUAAAAAUCAUAUUGAAACAGUCCAUUUUCGUAAGAUUGAAAGUCUUUUAUUUAGAUGUAAAGAUUGUGGAAAGGGGUUUAGCCAUAAAGAAAACCUUAAAGUACAUACGGAUGCUGUCCAUUUAAGGGAAAAACAAUAUAAAUGUGCUGAAUGUCAUAAAGUGUUUAAAAACAAACCAAUACUUAGUUAUCACAUUCAAACAUCACAUCAACAAAGAGAAGAAUACAUAUGUGCAAUAUGUGAUCGUACUUAUUAUACUAAAAAUAGUUUAUCUCUACAUAUAAAUAUACACUCAGGAACUACAGUUGUUCCUGUAUGUUGUGAAAUUUGUGGUAAAGCAGUUAAAAAUGAAUAUAAACUGAAAACACACAUGCUUGUACACAAUGAUGAUCACAAGUUUUCCUGCCAAAAUUGUGGAAAAUUAUUUAAACGAUUACAUAAUUUAAAGCAGCAUGAGAAUACACAUAAAGAUAGCAGACCUCAUGUCUGUACUAUAUGUGGUCAAACUUUCAAACUAAGAACCCAUGUCAAACAACACAUGGCUGUCCAUGGGAAUAUCAAGAAUCACAAGUGUGUUGUCUGUGAGAAGACUUUUGCUAGGAAAACCCAACUGUACACUCAUAUGUCAACUCAUGGAUUGUGAUGAGCGUAAAUAAACAAUAUACUGUAAUAUCUUAUAGUUCUUAUAUUUUAAGAUGUUAACCCUUUCUGGAUGGGUGAAAUUGUGACAU